AUGGGCCGAUUUCUUGAAGAGAAGAGAUGGCCUCCUUGUGAAUUGAUUGGAAACCACAUGAAGGGUAGGAGACAUUUGCUAAACUUUACUUGGGGUGGUAUCAAUAAUGUUCCACAACCUAAUAACUUAGUAUGGAGCGCCAAGGCAAGUACCAUUAACCAACAUCAACCCAAUACAUGCAGUCCAAAGUUCAUCUCUAGUAGCUAUGAACCCUUAUCUCAGCUUGAGGUUCAAAAACUUCAAUGCAUAAAUGGAGAAAUGUUUCAACCAAAAGUUGGCCCCAACAUGAAAACGAUGAGACAGAAGACAUGGGUACCAGAUUUACAGUUGAGUUUAAGUCACGAUUUUAGCAAUGGCAGUGUGGUAAAUGAUAGCCAAGAAAGCAGGAAAGAUUUUGAAUCAAUGCUUUCUCUUUCGUUGUCCUCCUCUUCGGCCAGGCAACAAGAACAAUCCACUACACCUACGUCAAGAAUUCGACUCUCGGUUUCAAGGACUUAG